CCAUGAUGUGGUACCGGGUACGGGUCAAAUGAAAUUAUUUAUCUCCGUCCAUGUACUCUGGAAAGACGGCUUCUUUUGAGAAGCCAUGCGGGAAGAAGAUGAUGAAGCAGCACGAAGGGGAUUGAAUCGGCAGCAUGUUCUAUGAGCUGGAUCAGCCCGUCUCACGGAAUAAGACCUGUGAGGCGGACUCAAAAACCCACGUACGCGAGGCACAACUAUCCUCGGCGAACUUAUAUAAUGGCCGCAACCCUAAUUUCUUUUCCUCCUCAAACCACUUUUAUCGGGAAAGCAGAUCGGUGCAUGCUCUCUUUCCUUCAUUCAUCCGCAACCGGAUUCUAGGAGGGUUUUCCUUGUCAUCAGGUAGUGAUGUCAAACCGCAAGAAAGAAAAACUGAAGCUCAAACUAUACCAUGAUGCUGAUGAUGAUGAGUAUGGUGGUGGUAGUAAACGUCAUAAGAAAAACAAAUUACUCUCCCACUUGUUCCAAGAGGAAGCAGAAGAGGUCGGUAGUGGUGAAGAAGAGGAAGAAAUCCAAGAAGAUGAUGACUUCAUUGACGCCACUCCAGAAGCAGACAUACCCGACAUUGAGCAUGACAUACAUACUCAUCUGCUCCUUCCACAUGAUGAUCAAGAUGAAAAUUUUGAUGAUUUACAAACAAGGAUCCAGCAGAGAUAUGCUUAUCAUAAUUAUAACGAUGAGGAGCAGACAACCAAUGAGGUUAUUGAACAACAAGCUCUAGUGCCAUCUGUGAAGGAUCCGAAACUUUGGAUGGUAAAGUGUGUGAUUGGUCAUGAGAGGGAGGUAGCAGUUUGUUUAAUGCAAAAAUCUAUUGCCUGUCCUGAAAAAAUGAAGAUCACGGCAGCUAUAUCAGUUGAUAGUUUAAAAAACUAUGUAUAUAUCGAAGCUGAAAAGGAGGCUCACGUUAGGGAGGCUGUUAAAGGUAUGCGAAACAUAUACCCUAACAGUAAGGUUAUGCUUGUACCUAUCAAAGAGAUGACUUCUGUGGUUUCUAUCGAGACCAAAUCAGUAAUUGAUGUCCAUGUCGUUAAGGAUACUUGGGUUAGAAUGAAGAGUGGUACAUAUAAAGGCGAUCUGGCUAAGGUUGUUGAUAUUGACAAUGUGCAGCAUAGGGUUAUGGUGAAAUUAAUUCCAAGAAUUGACUUGAAGGCAUUGGCUAAUAAAUUACAAGGAAGUGAAGUAGUGAAGAGUAAUGUUGUUACUCCUCCUGCACGUUUUAUCAAUGUUAAUCAAGCUAGAGAGUUGCAUAUUCGUGUGGAACGCACAAGAGAUCUAUCUAGUGGUGUUUACUAUGAUAACAUUGGUGGGAUGCUAUUCAAGGAUGGGUUCCUUUACAAGAAAGUGUCCAUGAAAUCUGUAACGACACUAAAUGUACAACCAACUUUUGAUGAAUUUGAGAAGUUUAGGCAGGGGGGUCAGAUGCCUAGCUUUUUUGGUAAUAGCAAAAGGAAUGGCUGUUUCAUGAAGGGCAACAGGGUUAUUGUUGUUAAAGGAGACCUGAAAAAUUUGAAGGGAACGGUGGAAAAGGUUGAGGAAAAUAUCAUACACAUUAAACCAAAUGAAAAAGGGCUCCAUAAAACAUUGGCUAUUAGCGACCGAGAAAUUUGCAAGUAUUUUGAAGUAGGGAAUCAUGUGAAAGUUGUGUCUGGUGCAGCUGAGGGUAAAACUGGAAUGGUGGUGUCGAUCGAGGGACACAUUGUGAACAUAGUCGUGGAUGCCACUCAGGAACUUGUCCGCGUGUUUGCUGCAAAUGUUGUGGAUAUUAAACUUUGAGACUUGAGAGGUGGCUCUGGAUUCAUGAUGAUAUUUUUGUUGCUUUUUAGUACUUUUAGGUUUUCUUGGGCAACCAUAUUUUUUUGGGCACAUCCUUCAUCAUUUUGGCUUAUCAGUAACAAUUUUCGGAUAGCAUAAGACAAUUAGUGGUCGUUUUUAUGGUGACAUUUAAAUAAAAUUUGCAAUUUGCAUGCAAUAUAAUAAUAAUGCAUAUUUAUACGUAGUAUUCGUAUUUGUUUGGGUUUGUCCAAUCAGGAGCAAAUAGUACAAUACA